AUGGAGAGUUCAUACCAGCCGGAUGUUCAACGGAAACUGGUUGGAGGUGGCAAAGUCACAGUUCCACCCAAACCUCAGCCAGAGCGGGAACAGUGGUCGAACAAGGUGGAAUUCUUCCUGGCAGUGGCUGGACACAUUGUUGGCCUUGGGAAUGUGUGGAGGUUCCCUUACCUGUGCUACAAGAAUGGCGGAGGUGUGUUCUUCAUACCGUAUGUGGUGUUUCUUUUUGCCUGUGGUAUGCCUUUGUUCUUCUUGGAGACUGCACUGGGCCAGUACACUAGCCAAGGAGGCAUCACCUGCUGGAAGAAAAUCUGUCCACUUUUUGGAGGACUGGGCUAUGGAAGCCAGGUGGUUGUCUUGUACACUGGGGUGUACUACAUCAUCAUCUUGGCCUGGGCAUUCCUCUACCUCUUCCACUCCUUCAGCUCGGAGCUGCCCUGGGCCAGCUGCAACAACUACUGGAACUCAGAACACUGCUUUGAGUACGACCAGCAAAACCUGACAGAUGACAGCGUCGUGAAGACAACAUCAUCAGUUGUUGAAUUCUGGGAGAGGAGGAUUCUCGGGCUGUCUGAUGGGAUUGAAAACCUGGGGGUUGUGAGAUGGGACCUGGCUCUGUGUCUACUGCUGGCUUGGAUCAUCUGUUACUUCUGUGUCUGGAAAGGGGUGAAGACUACAGGAAAGGUGGUGUACUUCACAGCUACCUUCCCAUAUGUGAUGCUCAUCGUGCUGUUGGUGCGUGGUCUCACUCUGCCUGGAGCAGCAGACGGCAUCAAGUUCUACCUCUACCCUGAUCCAGCACGCCUGGCUGACCCACAGGUUUGGAUGGAUGCAGGGAGUCAGAUCUUCUACUCCUAUGGGGUUUGCACAGGUGUCCUAACAGCCCUAGGUAGUUACAACAAAUAUGAAAACAACUGUUAUAGAGAUUGUAUCUACUUGUGCCUGUUGAACAGUCUGACCAGUUUUGUUGCUGGCUUUGCCAUUUUCUCUGUGCUGGGUUUCAUGGCCCAGGAGCAGGGCCUGGAUAUCUCCAUGGUUGCAGAAUCAGGUCCUGGGCUGGCCUUCAUUGCAUACCCUCGGGCUGUGGCCAUGAUGCCCCUCCCACAGCUCUGGGCUAUUUUCUUCUUCAUCAUGAUUGUGUUCCUUGGGCUAGAUAGUGAGUUUGUGUACCAUGAAGCGCUUGUCACAGCCAUCGCCGACAUGUAUCCAUCCUUCUUCAAAGGGCUGUACCGACGUGAGUUGCUCCUCCUUGGCAUCAGCAUAGGGAGCUUCCUGAUUGGUCUGGUAAUGGUAACAGAGGGUGGCUUGUAUGUCUUCCAGCUCUUUGACUACUACGCAUGCAGUGGCAUGACCCUGCUGACUUUUGCCAUUCUGCAGUCCAUCUGUGUUGGAUGGGUAUAUGGUGCUGGGCGCCUGUAUGAUAACAUUGAGGAUAUGAUCGGCCAUAGACCUUGGCCCCUGAUGAAAUACUGCUGGCAGUAUGUGACCCCCAUUGUGUGCACAGCCACGUUCAUAUUCUCCAUUGUGAAGUACACACCGCUGCAGUUCAACAACACCUAUGAGUACCCGUGGUGGGGCUAUGCUUUAGGAGGCUUCUUCACCCUCUCCUCCACUCUCAUCGUCCCCCUGUGGAUGAUGUAUGCCAUCUGCACCACACCAGGAACCAUGCGUGAGAGAAUAAGAACACUGUGUACUCCUGCGACGGACCUGCGUAACGGCCAGUCCAAAGAGAAGGCGCAGCAGCAGUUGGUCACAUUUGAAACAUUUACCAACUUACAAACACUACGCACAAGCAGCACCCACUCAAACUCGUUUUCCCAAAGAGGAGUGGUCUAAUGACAAAUGGGAGCUCACCUCACAAAGUAACACCAAGGCACAUGGAUUUCUGGGUGCUUCUUACAUGCCUGUUUUCUAUUCUUGACUCACUUUCUGAAGAUGUAAAAAGGGGUACUGGACUGCUGAUAUCAUAAGCAGGCACUGUACACAUAAAAUAACAUUGCACAGUGAAAAAUGCAGUGGUGAUUCAACACCUAGAGAGUCAAUGAGUGUAGCCUGGAUACGAGCAACAGCCUUCUAUGGGAAGCUUCUGUAUCCGGGAUAAGGUGUUUCAAUGCGUCAGUAUCCUCUGCUUUUAUGAAAUUCUUUCGGAAUUCUCUACCUAUAUCCCGAUUUGUCACAGUCCUAAAUAAGGGCUUAUCUGGAGUUGGGAAAAUGUGUUUAGGGCCCAUAUGUUCAAAGACAAAUUCGGGAUAUUUAAUAUCCUGAUCAUAUUUGGGAUACUGAGCUGCAUACGCACUCAAUUAAACAUCUUUUAGAUUGUAUUUAGUCUCAAGGUACUUUCUAAGCGUUGAAUUGGUGCUGCAUUUUUUUUCUGUGUAGAUAGUUUCGGCAAAAGGAGACGCGUGCAAUUAUGGCUACAUUGUUGGGGCCGUUUAGUAUUCAAUCCAGUUUGGGGAUGGAUAGCAAUGGACUUACUUAUCUGUAUGUGUUGGCACUUUUGACAUGGCUAACGAGACACUCAGUCAGGAGACACAAGUGCUGAAAGUUCUCUGGACACCACGAGUCUCACUUGCAAGGAGUGAGCGCCAUCUACUGGACAACAUUAAUAGUUCCACUUUGUUACAACUCAGGAAGUAAGUGGUAACCAGUGCCAUGACGCAUGAUGUGCGUUAAUGAUUUUUCAUUUUAUUUUAUUUUCUUUUUUUAAAGUUAAGUGGUUGAAGAUGACUUAGGCUAAAACGUAUGUCUGUGUGUCAUGUUAAGCCACAAAA